GAAGCUCUGAGAGUUCCAACCAGUGCUGAGCACCUCCUCAGGAAGGGCAAUAUCCUUCAGUACCAGCAAGGCCCAAGUGCCAAAUUCGAGAAACUCAUUCUUGAGUAACUGCACGUCGUCUCGCUGGUUCAGCCACUCAAUGGUUACUUGUGGCAAUCCUGAUGAGAGCUGGGGCCAGAGCUCCUUGAGCCGGUUUAGAAAGUAGUACUUCGGUGGGAGAUUGGGGAUCUUCGAGGGAUGGGUACCGAUGAUGAUGUGGUGUCGGAUGAGGCGAUCGAUCUGUCUGGCUUCAUUCUCUUCCCUUCGCUUCUCUUCCUCUGCCUUCCGCUUCUCUUCCUCUGCCUUCUGCUUCUCUUCCUCUGCCCUUCGCUUCUCUUCCUCCUCCCUACGGCGCGCUUCGGCUUCCUUCGCGGCUUUGGCCUCUCCUUCAGCCUUCUGCCUUUGGAUCUCAGCGGCUUCAGCGUCCGCUUUGGCCUUCUGCCUCCGCCGUUCAGCCGCUUCCCCUUCCUGCCGCUUUCUCAAGAUCUGCUGCUGUCGCUCCCGUUCCUGCGCCGCCUCACGCUCAGCAGCUUCACGACGCAGCCGUUCCUCGCGGGCAAUCCGAGCCUGCUCGGCAACGCGGGCCUGUUCGGCUGCAGCUUCUUCAUCCCUCCUCCGCUUCUCUUCAGCAGCUUGAGCUGCAGCGACCGCCUCUCUCUUGCCCCUCUCCUGUUCCUCCUUCUAGUCGCGCUUCUGCAAGAACUUGAUGAGGAGAUCCCACCUCUCACGUUCCGCUUUGCGGCAACGCUCCCUCUCCUUCCGCUCUCUGGCGUACUUUUCACCCAUCAUGCGAUCGAACCGCGCCCACAUUUCUGCGUCCUCGUAGCGGGGCUCUGGGAAGGGUCUUGGGAACUUGUCACUCUGCAGGAUCAUGCGCUUAAAGAACUUGGUGAACUUGAACAUAGGUCCAGGGCGGAAGGCCUUGGUCUUCACCACGUCCGCGUCAGGCUGGGUCACGAUGACUGCGCGAUCAACAUCGAUCCGGCGCCGCUUGUUCAUCGACGGUGAUGCCGGGGAAGCAGCGGUAGAAGGCAAACCAAUGGCGGUACGCGUGUCGCUACCUGGGAUGUUUGUUUGGAGAUGGUUAACGCGGUACUAUGUGAGCAGUCCCCUUCAACCUACCUUGGACUGAGCCAAGGUGUCGUGGAAACUCUGCUCCUCUCCAGAAUCAGGUCGUCGUCGCUUGCUCCCUCUCAUGGCGGAUGACGGCGUCAUAUUCGCGAAUGAAGAGG